UUUUUCUUGGAUUCCAAACGGACUCUUUGAGUUUUUCACUUUGUUUUGCCAGUUUUGAUUCCUCGGAUCCGUCGUUUUAUGUUUUUGAAUUGUAGUUUUCCUGUCGUUUCGUUGGUGCUUCGUUUGGUUGCAAGUUACUGUAGUAAAAGGCCAACUAUUAUUGUCAUGUUUGAAUUUUAUAUGCUUAUUUUGCUUAGUCCAUGAAAACUCGGUCAGAAUGAUAAAACAUUUGGCUUUUCGCAUAUAACUCAAUUUCACGUUUAGUUGAUUUUUUGGCAGUGGAAUGGCCAGUCGAGUGAAAGAAGACGAGAAGAAUGAACGUAUAAUUCGGGGACUUUUGAAACUCCCCGAGAAUCGCAGAUGCAUUAACUGUAACGGUCUGGUUUUGUUGCAAUUUUUUGCUGUCAUAGAGAUACAGGGAUUUGAGGUUUUGUUGCAAUUUUUUGCUGUCAUAGAGAUACAGGGAUUUGAGGGACCACAGUAUGUUUGCACAAAUUUCUGGACUUUUGUUUGCACCAACUGUAGUGGAAUACAUCGGGAGUUUACACACCGAGUAAAAUCAGUAUCAAUGGCUAAAUUUAAUUCACAAGAAGUUAUUGCUCUGCAAGGAGGAGGAAACAAGCGUGCAAGAGACAUUUAUCUCAAAGAAUGGGACCCACAGCAUCAUUCUGCCCCAGAUGGCAGUAAUGCUGACAGGCUUCGGGACUUUAUUAAACAUGUCUAUGUGGACAGAAGAUACACUGGUGAGAGAAACUGUGGAAAGCCUUCAGGUCUAAAGUUGGGUGACAAAGAGGACUUGUACCAAGGAGGGUCACGAAGUCCACCAUAUGGAGAUACAUAUGAACGCCGACACAGUGAAAUGUCUAGUCCUGGUGGAAGAAGUGAUGAUAGAAAUUCUAGAUAUGGUUAUGAUGAGAGAAGUCCUGGAUAUGAUCAAGAAAAUCGACGGUAUAAUGGUUACGAGACAAGUCCUGCUCGUGCUGAGAUGGUUAAUGAUUGGCGUCGGGAGGAUAGAUUUGGAAAUGGAAAGAGGGCUGAUGACUGCAGAGCAUCUGAUGGAGAUUCAAAGAUGGAACGCAGGUCACCUGAGCGGCUGAAAGAUCCAGGGGCUUCUAGUCCCCCUAUUGUACGGCCUGUUAGAGAAAUUUUGGGAGAUAAUGUAGUGCCUCUUCGAAUAAGUGAACCUCCUAAGACCAAUUCUGUAAGAGCUGCCAAUGGCUCUGCCCUGACACAGAGAACUGCAUCGUCUAGCAGCUUGGGAUCCAACUAUGGGAAUCUGACAGAAGUUAAAGUGGAGAGUGCUGCAAGCUUAAUUGAUUUUGAUGCUGAUCCAGAACAGCCCAUUACUACUGCAGUUCCUCAAGCACAACAAACAAUUGUGUCUCAAUCCAUUGCACAACCUGCAAGUGCAACAAAUGAUAACAAUUGGGCUUCUUUUGAUUUUGCACCUGAGGUUAAGGUAUCUCAAGCUUCUUCAAAUGCAAAUCCAUUGGAGUCUGUUCUCUCCCAAUUGUCGGUGCCAGCAUCUGUACCUGGUCACAUAUCUGGAAUGCCUAGUGGUACUGGUGCUCCAGUAUCUGUAGUCAAUGCAGUAAAUUUGCCAAGUACAACUGCUCUACCUACUGCGCCAGCUGGGAAUGCACAUAUAUUGCCCACUUGUGCUAUAAUGUUUCAUCCCGGUGGUGUUUCAGAAGCUGCCCCAGGGUUGGCAUCUGUAAUACCUGUCAAUGGUGGUACUUCAUUUGUCAAAGUUAGUGAAACAGGACAAUGGCGGCCUAGUGUGCAGCAUCAGCAGCCAUUACUAUUCCCUUCUUCUAGUGGUCAGUCUACUCAACAAUUUACACUGCCAUUUGAUGGAGCUUCAACUAAUCAGCCAUGGAAUUUGUCAGUGGCACCCAAUGUGCAAGCAGCUUUGAGUAAAACAUCUGUUGGACCGCCUCAAGUCAUCUCUACACCUGCCUCAGGGAUUGCUUCGGCUGGUAUAUCACAGCCACCAGCUAUGGAAGUAAAAUCGAAUGGAAGAAAAGAACUGCCUGCGGAUCUUUUUGCUGCAACCUAUCCAUCUUUCCCUGCAGCUUUUCCAGGGUGGCAAACUGGUCCAUCCCGUGGUAUGGGGUUUGCUAUGCAAUACAGUAAUGCUGCGGCGCCCAUGCCUACUUUUAUCCAGCCAUCCAAGUCAACAAACCCAUUUGAUCUCAGUGAGCCAUCUUCUGUCCAAGGCCAUACCUUUCCUUCCAUGGCAUCUCUGCAAGGUGCUCUCCCAAAUAUGCCACCAUCUUCAGGCUUACAGCACACCUCAAGUCUUGGUGCUCCCUCAUCAGCAUGGACGCCGUCCCAGUCGUUGCCUCAUCCAUCAGCACUGCCUUCCCAGCCCCCAUCUUAUGCACCAGCUAUGCCACCAAGGCCAUAUAUGGGACAAGUAUCAAGUAACAUGACGCUUUCUGGGCCCCAGGGAGUAGGAGGAUUUGGCACCGAGGGAGGUGCUUUAGGUUCCAUAAAUAUGGAUCAACAGUUGGCUGGUAGAUUCACAGCCCCUGCUACCUCGUCGCCUUUCUCUGCAGUUGGAGGUAACCCUUUUGGAUGAGCACAUAUAAAACGCAUUGGUGUCCUCAUUAUAGAGCUUCAACUUGUUGCCUCCUUCAAAUUUGCUGGGCGGAAAGUUUUGGUUUUAUUAUUUAACUUGAAUCAUCACAGCCAAAUUAAACAGUGCACAUGUUUAUGAAGUGCUAGGGUCAAAUGUCCAUAUCAACCUUGAAAAUUGAUUUGAGAGGGAGUGAGCAGUUUUAUAAAUUAUAAGGGUAGACAUGUUUAUAUUUUCUUGUAUGAUUCUGUAAUUUCUUGGUGUUGUAGUGAGCUGUUUGAGUCCGAAAAGCUUGUGGAACAAUUACAAACAGUUUUUAUGCAUAUAUUUUCUUAAUUGA